CCUUCUGCCUCCCAGAUACAAUCCAAGCCAGAACCCCUCGCCCUCCCGCCCCCGGCCUCCAUCUCCAUUCCUGCGCGCGUCGGACACCUCCCUCCGGCGGAGCUCGACCCACACCCCCAAGCGCCGCUGCUCCACCCUCUCCCGUGCCCCUCGAUCCCAGAUCCCCGAUCCGCCGCCGCUCACCAUCGACGACCCUCCCUAUAGACGAGAUCGAGCUCCUCCCUCCCUCCUGUUCUCCCCCAGCCUUAUCCGCUCCGAGCCAACCAACCACCCCGUCCUUGGGAUUUUGCCGCGCGGCGCCUCGUCUCGCCGGCCCGGCGACCAUAGGCAGGCAGUCCACGGCCAGGAUGGCGGCAUGCCCCGCCGCGACCACGUACGCGCACGGCACUCCGCGCCUCCCCUCCCUCUCCUGCGGUUCCUAACAGACGCACUCGUUGCCGUCGGCGUCCCUGGAGUCGGCGUUGGAGGAGCUGGCCGGCGUCCCCCGUCGACGUCCUCCUCCCUCUUCUCCUGCGUGAUCUGGAGGGGGAUGGAGCGGGCGGCCAUCAUCUGAGGCUAGGCCACGUCGGACCGGGAGGUGACCAUGGCGCCGCCCCAUCGCGGUCGUCCUCGUUCACCUCUGCUCCAGCAGCGUUGCCUUAGGAGAUGGGGGCCAUUAACCUCGGGAACCCGCUCCUCAACCGCACCGUCGACGGCUUCCUCAAGAUCGGCGCCGUGCUGUUGCUGGGGUGUAUGUAGGCAUGGAGUAUGGAAUGGAAAGGGCCCGUGGUGACCGUGACUGGGCCGGAAUGGGGCUUGGGAGAAGCUGCCGGCCGGCGGAUCUGUGUGAAAGCCACCAUUGAGAGGUACAAAAAGGCCAACAGUGACACAUCCAACUCUGGCACGGUUGCAGAAGUCAAUGCCCAGUUUGCUAUCUUAGGAGAACCUGGUGUGCUAUAUGGGGAAGCAAAGCAGCAGCCCACAGCCCGACCUGUGACUCCAGAUGAAGGCACCACGACGCACCAUGAUUAUCCAUUGGAAGGUGUUGUGUGUUCUGGAAGAUGGAAGAGGAAGAAAACCUAUUUUUGUUGAACUAAAUUUUCUGUAUUCUGUUUUGUUGUACGUAUCAUUUGAUAGUUUUGUAUAGGAACAAGUGAUACUAUUUUGUAGGGCUUUAUGGCCUGUGAUGUAAACAUAUUUAGUGCUGAAAUAUGAAAUUAUUUGCAAAAUUUGUCGAAAA